GAUUUUAGGCAAGUUACCGAUCGUUAUAAACACUGUUCCUUUACACCAAAAUUACGCUUACUUAAAUAGAGUUGACGAAUGAGAUAACAUUCUCUAAGUUCCAUGCAGCUUCAGUCGUGCAUUAAAUGCCUAUUAUGAAUUGAACUGGGUAGCUUUGUUUCGCGCGGAAUACACAUUUAUAAGGAAUAUGCUCAUGAUCGCGUAAGAGUUAACAAAGGACAUAUAUGACAUCGUUCUAAGGCACAAGUGGCACUACUUAAGUUGCGACAUUCAAGAUGGCUGAAGCGAGUGGAGAGAGUAAUGAAAUGCUGUUGAAGCGAAGGAACGCCACGCGGUCGAAAGCUACGGUCCUAAGAUUCGCGGAAGGAGACCACAAUGAUCGCCGUAGAAGCGGAUUCGCUUCCGAAAUCGAAAUCGGCGAUAUAGUACGUACAUCAUGUCUUUUCUAUACAUCAGGCGAAACAAUCAGUCCAUCUGCCUGUUUAAGCAGCUUGGAAAGUCGUCAGCGACCCACGUCCGAAGUGUCCAUCGAAAGCAGUUCCAGUUAUAUGUCGAUAAGAUGUGAAUGCUAUAUGGAAGAUAGCGACAUGGAGAGUUCAUGCCACAGCAGUGUUGGGUAUGUAAUCUGUAGAGGGGAAAAUUUCAUGUCUGACAGUGAAAACGAGCAAUCAAGCAUGUUUACUUCUUCCAUGGUGUCCGACAGUACUGUAACCGAUAGUUCCGAUAGCGGCGGAAGUAGCGCCUCGAUAUCGUCUACGAUGAUAUCCGGUUACUCGUCUGCUGAAAGCACUUUUAUAUUCGACCCCAAAAAUAGUAAUUGUCUCUCACAGAACAAAGAAGAGUUAUCGUGUACGAAAUGCGGACACGUCCGCAAAGUAACAACUAAUCCAUUGUUUAAAAAUGUGUUCAACUUGCCCCCACGAAAUAUAACUUUUCCAUGUGAUUUCAAGGACCUACUGCAACUUCAGUUUAGGCCAUCAAUUACUGACGCAUAUCCAACGAGAUGUGUAGAUGCACUUGCAAAUGGGAGCGAAAUAACAAUGCGCAACGAUCGCAUGCAGCUAGUUGACAAAACAAAUGUUCAUGAAAUGAGCGAAAUAGCAGGUAUUGUAGCUGCUGACCUCGCCACAGUUUUAAGACUUAAUCAUUCGGUCGCAGAGGGACUUCAUAUCCAGACAAAAGAAAGAAUUUCGGGAAUAGGGGAUGACCAGCGCUUGUGUGAACUGAAGACAUAUCAGGAUGACCUUAGACAAAUUUGCGCUGACCGUACACACCCGAAAGAGUUAUUGAGGAAUACACACGAGGAUGGGAAUAAACAGCCUAAGGAUUUGUUGUGCGUCAAAUCCGACAAUAUAUAUUACAGUGAGGAUCCACCGCCUGAAACUUUACUUCCUGGUGUUCCUGAAGAUGAAUCGGUAAAUAUCACAAAGACUAAUCUCCAAUCUGGUGCCACCUGUCGUAGACUGUAUUCAGUGUAUGACAAUGUCCAGCGCUGCUACAUCUGUGGAAAAUGUGAUAAGAAUAAUUACAACUGCAGCAACAUAAACAGCAACAGUGGUAGUAAAACAUCCGUGGAAUAUUUUUGUAAAAAAUCUAAUCGGUAUUUUUGCAGCUUGUGUGAACAAGAGCACAAGACACGAAUACCUGACUGUGUAAUCAUAGCACGUGAACAAUGAGCUAUAUUAUUUUUAAAUUUCCAUCCAUUUCUGUUUUCGAUGGUUGAUCAUUUUUAAAAUGAUCCUAUCAGACCAUGUUCAUUUCCGUCGUAAUGAAACAAACAGUGUGUAAUCUGAUUCUUUCAUUAUAUUUCUAGAGUUAUUUUUGGCGACGAGUGUUAAAUUUUCAUUUGAUCUGUAUGUUCACAGUUCGUUCAUUUCCACUCAAUUUAAAAUAUAUACACUUUAAAAUACAUGCUAAAACAUAAUGCCUCAGAAGGAUUGGUUGCGCCAUUGCCAAACGUGACAAUGUGUAGGCAAUAGUGAUAAAUGUACUUUGGAAAAAGUAUUAUCCAACUUUUACAGCGAAUUUGGUUGAUUAAAGCCCCGUUGAUUAAAUAUCAUCUAUAAUCAACGGCAGGAAAUGGCGUCAAUAUUUCGACGAAAUGACGUCAUAAGUCCAGCGAAAUUAUCCAGUCAAACUAAUUUUGUUUAAACAAAAAGGUUUACAAAAUAAAAAGUGGGAUAAAUAGAAUAAAAGAUUAGUGUUGAUUAUAGAUCAGGUUUAUCAUGCUCGGCACGAAAACGAAAAAGCACUCGCCAAAGCUAUUAUUCUAUAUUGACAUAUGCCUUGUUGAAUCUGAUACAAACAUACUGUAAAGAAAGCAUGCCAUUUUGAACAUAUUUCAUUUUAUGUAUUUAUUUUUUUUAUUUUAUUUUCUUGGGGGGGGGGAGGGGCGGUCAAUUACAUUCAACCAUACUAUGAACGAUAAACGGUUAUCUUAUAUCAAUAUAACCUUAUAUCAAUUGGUGGAUAUCAUGAAUAGAAAAGUGCAUAUCCCAUACUUCGGACAUGUUUAGUCUGACGUAUAUUAUAUUCUAACCAGUGAUUGAAGACAGUUUUCUACCGUUAUAGAAUGCCUACACUAAAAUGUAUGGUUGCAUAAGCAAAAACAGUGGCUGCUGGAUUUCUAAGCAUGAACAUCAAUGUGUAAGGAAAAAUGUAUGGUUGCAUAAGCACAAACAGUGGUUGCUGGAUUUCUAAGCAUGUACAUCAAUGUGUAAGGAAACAAAAUUGAAAAAAAAACAUGAUGGGCCUAAUAGUUUAAGGCAUAAAUACUCUUUGUAUGUGAUAAAAAAGGUGUGUAAACGUUUAAAAUUUAGAGUUGGUUUAAUUACAAAAUAGACUACGUAUGCAUAAAAUGAAGCGUGAUUGCUUUACUUUAUAUUUAUUCCAUCAUGAGUAACAAACAAACUCUUGUACAUUUCCAAUGUUCACAUGAAAGAUGUUAGUUUACGUCUCUGCAAGUUUUAAUUUCUAUCGAAGCAUUUUACUUUAGGAAUAACAGGAAUAUUUAAUUGGCAGUGCUACAAAAUGGUAGUGGUAGUAAACGUUAAGGAUGAAAUCAAAUAAUGACAGUACUUUCAUAAACAAUUUUUAUUAUCUUGACAUAAACAAUUAUAUUUAUCUUAUAUUUUUCUUGUCAGAGACAAACAUUGUGAAAAAUCUGAUUGUGACAAAAUAAAUAUUAACUAUAUAAUUAAAUAUACACUAAACACUUAAUAUGUCUACACUGUUGCUCGACGAUUAUUUAAUAAGAUGUAAGACAUUUUAAAGUUGCUAACUGAAUACGAUUACCGUACCUUUCAAUUAAUUCUAUUGCAAUAAUUGGGCUAUUUUGGAUGCAUAGCUAUUGGUAAAACAUCUAAUGAAAAACUAAUGCAAUACAACGGGCUUCAAUGUAAAUUGCAUGACACGACAAUUUCAUAAACAGUUCUACUAGACAUUUAUUAGACAAUAAAUUAUAAUGAUGAAUAAUUUAUAAUGCAAGUAAGAAUGGGUGUAACACUAUUCACAACUAGUCUUAAAUAUCCUAUUGAUACUCUGUUUACAACUGAAGUGACAGUGAACAUGGUUGAAUACCAAAGUGAAGUGACAGUGAACAUGGUUGAAUACCAAAGUGAAGUGACAGUGAACAUGGUUGAAUACCAAAGAAUGUGGUAAUUUGAUCGAGACCACUUGACGUAAAUUAAUUCACUGGGGAGGGCAAUUACAUUUUAGAGCUAUUGAAUUUUCUGUAUAGAUCAUAGAUUUUAAACGCUAUAAUUGGACCAUAUAAUCAUUUGGAGUUAGUUAUUUCCAUUAAACUUGGUCAAAUAAGUGUAUCAACUAUAAGGAUCGACGCAGCAAUGGUACACUAAAGAAAAAUAUGUAAA